GAGAGGCCGGCAGAGGCCCGGCUCCGGUGGCUCCAGCUUCCCUCCUGCUCUGGCUCCCCCAGGGCUGCUCUGGAAAUCUCUCGGUGCCUGCUGUUGCCAUGCACUCGGCUGGGCCUCAUGGGGCCGAGUCCCCAGUGAGCAGGCAGGAAGAGAAGGAUGCAGAGCUGGACAGGAGGAUCGUUGCCCUUCGCAAGAAGAACCAGGCCUUACUGCGCAGGUACCAGGAGAUCCAGGAAGACCGUCGGCAGGCAGAGCAGGGGGGCAUGGCUGAGACCACGCCGGAGCUCCUCCGUCCUGACGGCCUCACUGUCACCAUCAGCCAGGUUCCUGGAGGGAAGCGGGUGGUCAGCCGGAACUGGGCAAGGAGCGCCCUUGGACCUGGAGCAGCCAAUGAGAUGCUUGAGGAUGAGGAGGCAGAGCCCCAUGCUGGCGCCUUCUGCUUGGGGGAGCGGGUGGAGCUGGCUGUGACCAUGGAAAACAAAGCCGAGGCCAAGCGGAUCGUAAGUGAGAAGCCCACCAGAGCAAGGAGCCAGAGGGCAGAAGGGUCACCUGGAGGGGGCUUGGGCCGGAGCCCCUCCAUGCAGAUGGCCAUCAGCUCAGAUUCUGCCCGGAAGCUGCUGGGUGCCUCUCCACCCUGCCUGCACUUGACCACACACCCCAGCAACAACUCUGUGGAUAGAUGCUGUUAUUAUCCCCAUUUUACAGAUGAGGAAAUGACACACAGAGAGGGUGUCCGGGAGCCCCAGAGUCCAGGCCUGGUCCCAGGCCCAGCUCCCCGCUGGCCAGUGGGGAGGCCCCCGGAGGUGGGCUGGGACUACGCCCAGUGGAAGCAGGAGCGAGAGCAGAUCGACCUGGCCCGCCUGGCGCGGCACAGAGACGCACAGGGUGACUGGCGCCGCCCGUGGGACCUGGACAAGGCCAAGCCCACGCCACAGGACUCCAGCAAGCCUCGGGAAGAGGGCCCAGCCAGGGGGGGCAGCACGAGGGGCCCCAGGAGCCACCGAAAGCUACAGCCCCCACCGUUGACCCCUGAUGGCAAAGGCGGUACUACUCGGGGUGGGCAACCCAGCAGACCUUUGGUGGCGCUGGCCACAUGCAGCAAAGCUCGGGGGACAGAGAGGUUGACUGGCAGGGCCCGCAGGUGGGAAAUGAAGGGAGGCAAGGAGGAGCUGGAGAGCCAGGAGGGAAGCCCAAGCACCAGAAGGACUCCAAAUGAGAAGGAACAUGUGCAGACUCCGAGCAGGAUGGAGCCAGGCGGAGCCAUAAGUGUCCCAGCAACCAGCCCAGCUCCAGCAUCACCAGAGGAGCCAAAAGGGGAGUCAGGAGCUUCGACAGCCAGUCCAGAGCCUGGCUCUCCACGAAACACGGACUUGCUUCCCCUCAACCUCUCUCUAGGAUGUGCCAGUAGCCCUGGGCCCGGGGAGAGCACGUGUGUGCUCAGUCCAAGGCCUGGGACCCAGGAGAGCCCUGUGUCCUGGCUGGAGGGUCAUGAGCAGCCCCUGGGGUGGAACGAGCCCCAGGCUGAGCCAGAAGCCCAGACUUGUUCUGGGCCCCCAAAAGAGGCAGGGCCCCUGGAACCCAGAGAAGACAGGCCUGGCAAGGCUGGGGCCCAGCAGGUCCUGGCACCUCGAAGCAGACCCCCCAGAGGAGGCAGCCAAAGGGCGAGGGGCACAGGAGGUAUGAGGAGCAGGACAGGGGGUCCUGCCCCUGCAAGAAGAUGCUGAGCAAAGCUCUCGGGAGCCGGGUGCCCGGCUGGGGAGGGGAGGAGGGGAGACACCGUCAAAAAUCUUUGAGCUCUGGGCACGUGGUUGGCUGGCGGCUGUGGCAGCCUGGCCGAGCAGUUUGGCAGACUCUUCGGUGGAGUGACCCUGUGAAGGCAAGGAGCCAACCCCUGCACCUCACGGGCACCCCCCUGUGCACGUGUGUGCUCUCGCCUGCAGGUAGAGCCCCUGGUGUAUCCCCACGCCACACCUGGUCUGUGAGGCUGGCAAGCCCUGCCCCAAGCCUACUGCUGCCCAGGCCACAAGCUCCCUGACCAUGGCGAGAGGACAAGGCUU